AUGGCCGAAAAUUCUGAUAAUGAUAUGGUUCCUCCUAUUGUUUCAUCUAAUACUCCUACAUCAAAAACAAGUGGAAAACCAAAAUCUAUCGUAUGGGAAGAUCAUAUUAAGCAAGGAAAGCAAAUUUCCAAGGGACAUUGGAAUGCAACAUGCAAUUAUUGUAACCAAUUUUGGUACAAAGGUUUUCCUGCUGCUCUCGAAGACCACUUAGGUAAUUUAUGUAAUAACGUGCCACUGGAUGUUCGUGACCUAUUUUUAAACUGGUUAGCAGCAAAGGCACUUGAAGUUGAUAUAUCAAAAUCAAAGAAACGAAAACUUGGCAAUCAGUCAAAUCAAGCACAACUUUCAGAUUUUAUCGAAAGAAACACACUUAAAAUUCUAGCUGAAGAAAAUUUGGUUGAAGGAGGAGGACUUAAGCGGUGGCUAGAUACCCAUUGGCAUACUAUGUACGAUUGUGUAUUUUCGAUUAUAAGACAUAAAGUACCUCUAGAAAUAAUUCGUAAUAGUGAUAAUGUAAAUGUUUCAGUGCAAUCAAUACUAUGCACAAGAGUAUUUUUUGAUGAUUUAAAUGCAUUAGCAUUUGUACUUCGCCCUAUUAAGCUAGCUAUAUCAAUUCUUGAAUCACAAAAUUGUUCACUAGCCGACUGCUUUGUUGGUCUAGUUCAUUUGGGAGCAGCAAUUAGGAGACUUCCGAAGAAUGAUUAUCAUAGUUUUCGUCAACAAGCAAUUACAAUUUUUAAUAGAAGAUUUGCAGA